AUGACAUCCAGGAAGAAAGGUAAUGAAGGCAAGGAAGAUGGAGCGACAGGGGGCACCACUGAGAUGAGAGUGCCCACUCCACAGCCUGCCGCAGCAGACGCCGCCAUUGAUCGUCUAGCGUCGAUGUUCCAGUCGUUUAUGGAAAUGCAACACGCAAGAGAUGAGCGGAUGGAGAGGGGUGUAUCCGCGCAAGCGCAGCAAGUCAAGGUCCUGACUCACCAAGUGACACAGCUCCAGCUGGACAUGGAGUCGGGCCGAGCCACACCCCCACCACCACCCGAGGGCAAUGCAACGCCUGAACCACCAUCAUCCCGGGACACUUCAAGUUCAACACCUGAACCACCACCAACAGUGACAACUGUGACCACCGAGGGGCGUCCGCCGAAGAUGGCAAAGCUGGAGGAAGGUGACAACAUCGAGCACUACCUCACGACCUUCGAAAGGCUAGCCACAGCUUUUGGCUGGCGAAGAACAACCUGGGCCAUCCACCUCAUCCCGUUGUUGACUGGAAAGGCCCGCAGUGCCUUCGUUGCCAUGAACCCAAAUGACACAACCGACUACGAUCGCCUGAAGGAGGCAGUGUUGAAAAAGUACGAAAUCAACGCUGAGACUUACAGACAUCAGUUCAGAGCCCUGGAGACCAGCACAUCGGAGACGCCGCAAGAACUGUACGUGCGACUGAAGGACCUGUUCUGCAAGUGGACCGAUUAUGAGAAGAGCAGCAAAGAGAACCUGAUGGAGACGCUGGUGCUGGAACAGUAUCUCCGCGUGCUUUAUCCAGACGUGAGGACCUGGGUCCGGGAACGAAACCCGAAGACCGCAGCAGAGGCCGCUACGCUGGUGGAGAGCUACGUUGCUGCACACAGAGGUCCCCGAGGCUACCGCUAUGCUGGAGUGCUGGAGCAGAGCAGCCGGGGUAAGUCUGUUGGGUUUGGGAAGGGAGUUGGUUCUGGUACUGCCAAUAGUUAUAGCCAUAGUAGAGCCCCACCCCACCCCCCACAGAUCGUUCUAGACCCCAAAGAAUUUCCUGUUAUAAUUGUGGCCAAGAAAAUCACAAGAGCCCUGCUUGCCCCCUGCGGAAGUCCAAAUACAGCCAUUUAUGCUAUGUUCCCCACCCCACCCCUCCUCGUAACACCCUGGAGAGCAGAGACCCCACCAUCACUGUUGAGCUAA